AUUUAAGAACACUGUCUUCAAUAGCACAGUUGCAGCUGCAGCUUGGGCGGUCAUUUAUGGCUUCUCUUCAUCUUCAAACCUGACACAGCCUUCUCUUCUUCAUCCUUUUCAAGACCUCUUAAAUCGCCCUGCAAAUACCUACUUCAUAACUCUAUCAAAUCCUCAACCCGAAGCUAGAAUAAAUUACAUGGCAUUCAUUCUGAUACGUGUGCCCCACUUAUGACUUCUUCUCUUUAUCAACAAAACUCUUUGAUGCUCACCAUGCAGAAGUUUUGAGGGCUUCUUUCGUUGACAAGAAUGGCUAUGGCAAUGGCUGUGGUGAAAGCUGAAGUCUUUUUUUCUCUUUUAGUUGUUGUUUUAAUGUGUUGUUUACAUGGGAAUGUCCAGGGUUCAGAAUUUUCAGUUCUUCUGGAGAUAAAGAAGGCGUUUUUAGAGGACCCUGGAAAUGUGUUUCAGGAUUGGAAUAAAAGCAAUCCGAAUUUCUGUAAAUGGAGUGGAAUAACCUGUGGGUUGAUCAACUCCGUUGACGGCUUAGUUCAUGUUAUGAGUUUAAACCUUUCUGGCUCGUCACUCGGUGGUUCUGUUUCUCCGUCGCUCGGCCGUUUGCAAAACCUGGUCCACCUUGAUCUUUCUUCCAACAGCCUCACGGGUCCCAUUCCAACUGCUCUUUCCAACCUUUCUUCAUUGGAAUCUUUGCUUCUUUUCUCCAACAAACUCACUGGUACAAUUCCCACUCAACUCGGCUCGCUCAACAGCCUCCGAGUAUUGAGACUCGGUGACAAUGGACUCAGCGGUUCAAUUCCUUCCUCGUUUGGUGGUCUCGUGAACUUGGAAACUCUUGCAUUAGCUUCAUGCAGUUUCAGUGGAUUAAUUCCCCCACAACUCGGUCGGCUGACUCAGCUUGAGAACUUAAAUUUACAAGAGAAUCAACUCCAGGGGCCGAUUCCUUCCGAGUUGGGAAACUGUUCGAACCUAGUUAGAUUCACGGCAGCAAACAACAAUCUCAAUGGCUCAAUCCCAGCUGAAAUGGGUCGUCUCCAGAAUCUCCAGCUUCUCAACCUGUGUAACAACAGUCUUUCCGGAGAGAUACCCAGUCAACUCGGUCAACUGACUCAACUUACCUACUUGAAUUUCAUGGGGAACCAGCUUGAAGGUCCAAUCCCAAAGCCGUUAGCCAAGCUCGGCAAUCUUUAUAACCUUGAUUUAUCGUUCAACAGGCUCACUGGAGGCCUUCCGGAAGAGUUUGGCCAACUGGGUCAGCUUGUUUAUAUGGUUUUAUCAAACAACAACAUUUCUGGUACCAUUCCGCGAAGUUUAUGUUCAAACAAUACCAAUUUGGAGAACUUGGCUUUAUCAGAAAUUCAACUUUCUGGUGAAAUUCCUCUGGAAUUAAGCCGCUGCCAAUCGCUAAAAUUUCUGGAUUUGUCCAACAAUAAUAUCAAUGGAUCAAUCCCAAUUGAGAUUUUUCAGUUAGCUGAAUUGAUUUACCUGUAUCUCCACAACAACAGCCUGGUGGGUUCAAUUUCUCCAUUCGUCGCGAAUCUCAGCAACCUGCAAGAACUUGCACUGUUUCAUAACAAUUUGAAAGGCAAACUGCCAGGAGAGAUUGGGAUGCUUGGAAAGCUGCAAAUUUUGUAUCUCUACGAUAACCAGUUGUCCGGAGAGAUUCCUCAAGAGAUUGGCAAUUGCUCCAGUUUACAAAUGAUCGAUUUCUUCGGAAACCAUUUCAGAGGGGAAAUUCCAAGCACGCUUGGGAGGUUAAAAGAUCUGAAUUUUCUUCACCUGAGGGAAAAUGAACUUGUUGGUCCAAUUCCUGCCAGUUUGGGUAACUGUCAACAGCUGAAUAUCCUGGACUUGGCAGAUAAUGGUCUCUCUGGUGGCGUUCCCAAAACGUUUGGGCGUUUGCAGGCUCUGAAUCAGCUGAUGCUUUACAAUAAUUCACUUGAAGGUAAUCUUCCUGAGUCUCUGAUCAAUCUAAGGAACUUGACCAGGAUAAAUUUCUCCUGGAAUAGAAUGAAUGGUAGCAUAGCUGUGUUGUGUAGCUCGAGUUCUUUUCUUUCUUUUGAUGUCACAAACAAUGCAUUUGAUCAUGAGAUUCCUCCUGAAUUGGGGAAUUCUCCAUGGCUUGAUAGGUUAAGAUUGGGGAACAACAAAUUUAGUGGGAAAAUCCCUUGGACACUGGGGAAAAUUCGUGAAUUGUCCUUGUUAGACCUUUCAGGCAAUUCACUCACUGGCCCUAUACCGGUACAGCUUUUGUUGUGCAAGAAAUUGACACAUGUUGAUCUCAACAAUAAUUAUCUUUCUGGGUCUGUGCCAUGGUGGCUUGGAAGUUUGCCUCAGUUGGGGGAGCUUAAGCUAUCAUUCAAUCAAUUUGUCGGACCUAUUCCUAGGGAACUUUUCAAUUGUUCCAACCUGCUUGUGCUUUCUCUCCAAGGCAAUUUGCUCAAUGGGAGCCUGCCUGAUGAGAUUGGUAACCUGGGAUCGCUUAAUGUUUUAAAUCUAAGCGAUAAUCUAUUAUCUGGGCGAAUGCCCUCUGCCUUAGGCAAACUAAGCAAGCUGUAUGAGCUUAGGCUUUCGAAUAACAGCUUCGAUGGGGAGAUUCCUUCCGAGCUUGGGCAACUUCAGAAUCUUCAGAGCAUUUUAGACCUCAGCUACAACAACCUCACGGGCAAAAUCCCGCCUUCUAUUGCAACUUUGUUGAAGCUUGAAGUGCUUGAUCUUUCUCACAAUCAACUAGAUGGAGAGGUCCCUCCACAGGUUGGCGAGAUGAUUAGUUUGGGCAAACUCAAUCUGGCCUAUAACAAUCUUCAAGGCAAAUUGGGCAAACAAUUUUCCCACUGGCCAGCUGAGGCAUUUGAAGGAAAUCUUCAUCUUUGUGGUAGCCCUCUUGUUCGCUGCAAUAACCUUGUGCACAACCAGCAGUCCACAAUAAGUGAAACAUACAUUGUGGUGAUCUCGGUAAUCUCAACACUAGCUGCAAUUGCUCUGAUGAUAGUUGUAGUUGCUCUUUUCUUGAAGCGCAAGCGAGAAUUUUUCAGCAAGAGUAGUGAAAUGAACUGUACUUCCUCUUCCAGUUCUUUGCAAGCACAGCGAAGGCUACUCUUCCAUGCUACAAAGCGUGAUUUCAAAUGGGAAGACAUCAUGAAAGCCACAAACAAUCUAAGCAACAAGUACAUUAUUGGUUCAGGAGGAUCUGGAACCAUCUACAGAGCUGAACUGUCGAAUAGAGAAACAGUAGCAGUUAAGAGAAUUGCUUGCAAAGAUGAUCUUCUACUGAAUAAAAGCUUCACAAGAGAAAUUCAGACGCUUGGGAGGAUAAAGCACCGGAAUCUGGUGAAGCUUAUGGGGUAUUGCUGCAACAAAGCAGCAGGUUCGAAUCUGUUGAUAUACGAAUACAUGGAAAAUGGAAGCGUGUGGGAUUGGCUGCACAAAGAUCCGGUGAAUGUCAAGAAGAAAAAGAUUCUUGAUUGGGAAGCAAGGCUGAAAAUAGCAGUAGGACUAGCUCAGGGGGUUGAGUACCUCCACCAUGACUGUGUACCAAAGAUUGUUCAUAGGGACAUCAAAUCUAGCAAUGUGCUGUUGGAUUCAAACAUGGAGGCACAUCUGGGGGACUUCGGAUUGGCGAAAGCUCUUGUCGAGAACUAUGACUCCAACACACAAUCAAGUUUAUGGUUUGCCGGGUCCUAUGGGUACAUUGCCCCAGAGUACGCAUAUUCACUAAAGGCCACAGAGAAAAGUGAUGUUUACAGUCUGGGAAUUGUGCUGAUGGAGCUUGUUAGUGGGAAAAUGCCAACUGAUGCAACGUUUGGGGAGGAAAUGGACAUGGUGAGAUGGGUGGAGACACAUAUUGAGAUGCCGAGUUCAGCACGCGAGGACCUGCUCGAUGAUCAAAUGAAGCCGCUCUUGCCUGGUGAAGAAUGCGCGGCAUUUCAGGUUCUAGAAAUAGCACUGCAAUGCACAAAAACAGCACCACAAGAGAGACCUUCAUCCCGGCAAGUGUCUGAUAACCUUGUGCAUGUAUUUAACAAUAAGAUGGUUGAAUUUGGCAAGAUGAUGUAGUUUCUUCUACACUGCUAAUCAAUGUUUUCCCGACUGGAUGUGGAUACGGGGAAAGAGUCGAUCUGUUUCACUUGGUAGUUAGAUCAGUUAAUCAAGUAUCAAAUCGUGAGCUCUUAAAAUAAAUAUUAAGAAUGAUAUUAAAUACAA